AUGGCGCCGGCCCUGACUGCCUCCACGGCCAUGCUGGCCCGCCGCCAGCUGACCCAAGUCGCCGCGACGACCUCGACCUCGAGAGCUGCCCUCAUCGCUCUGCGCGCCGCCGCCGCGGUCCAGCAACGAGGCUACGCCACGCCCAACGGCCCUCCUCCGCAAAAUUUCCGCCAGAGCAAGCGCAUCGAGUGGUCCUGGGACCGCGAGAGCACGCUGGACCGUGUGGGCAAGUUUUUCCUCAUGACCGAAAUGGCCAGAGGAAUGUACCUGCUGAUGGAGCAAUUCUUCCGACCUCCUUAUACCAUCUACUAUCCCUUUGAAAAGGGCCCCAUCUCCCCGCGUUUCCGUGGCGAGCACGCCCUCCGCAGAUACCCCUCAGGCGAAGAGCGGUGCAUUGCCUGCAAGCUCUGCGAAGCUAUUUGCCCUGCUCAGGCCAUUACCAUCGAGGCCGAAGAGCGUGCCGACGGCUCCCGCCGCACGACCCGCUACGACAUUGACAUGACCAAGUGCAUCUACUGCGGCUUCUGCCAGGAGUCGUGCCCUGUCGACGCCAUUGUCGAGAGCCCCAACGCCGAAUACGCCACCGAGACGAGAGAAGAGCUUCUUUACAACAAGGAGAAAUUGCUCUCCAACGGCGACAAGUGGGAGCCCGAACUGGCCGCCGCGAUUCGCGCCGAUGCUCCCUACCGAUAA